AUGGCUGCUAAAAAGAGAGUAGAAAAGUACACCAAGGAGAUCGAUGAAAUUGGUGCAGAGACCAGCGUGCUUGGGAAAAACCUUCUCAUCUUCCUGUCUCUCAUUCAUCACGAGCAAUUAAGACUGAUGUUUUUGGCUGCUUACAACAAACCAGUCGAAAUAAGAACAAAAUUAGCACCGAUUGCGAAGAUUGGGUACAAAACUAAGAUGAUCUUCACUCCAAGUGGGAUCAAAAUCGAAACAAGCGAUGAAGCGGGUUUGAAUCGUGUUUGUGUCGAGCUCGACGCGACACAGUUCAAGCUGUAUACUUGCUGCGAAACGUUCGCAGUUAAAGUCUCAACGCCGAAACUUAUCGAAUCGGUCAAUGCAUCAGGUGAACACUGCUGCCUCAAAUGGGAGGUAACUGUUGACAAGAACUUCAACUUGGUUCUUCGACGAGAGCUGGUAGCAGAUUACAAUCUUUGCGCCCUCGUCAGUUGUCACGUGGCGCCGCUUACUCUCGUGAAAAUGGAAGACAAGCUGCCAUCGUACGGAAAGCAAACCGGAGAAUUCAAGCUCGACAGCAACUGCUUUCAACUUCCUUCGUCUGUGGCUUUCCCCCUGAAGAUCGCGGUAGAUUCUGGUAACCAAAAACUCCGCUUUUCAAAUUCGGAAUCACUUGGAAAUGCUCUGGACGGGACUUUUAAUCCAGCUAGACCCGUAAAAUCCGUGACAAUCACCGCAAAAGAUGGAAAAGCGAUCAAGGAUGCGAGCUUUUCAUUGAAUCAAAAGUGGACCGAGUCGCUCUCCGCUGCAGCAAAAAAUUCGGAGGAGGGAACAGUUACUGUCGACGAAAAAAUUCACAUCUCGUUUACGAAAACAACCACCAAAAUCGCUGACUUCGUACUCGAAAUGGAUUAA